CUAAUAAAUUGAAUUAUUGCAGAUCAGAAAGCCAAGCUUGGAAACCGACUAAACCUUGGGGCUGGUGACCUUUUCGAUUCGAUUGGAUGCGUGCUCCGAUUAAUGCAGUGCGAGGCCUUUAUGGAAUAAUGCCAUCAACUUCUAAACCCCUCUUUGUUUGUGAAACUGUGGAGAAACAGCGAAGACCGGAAAUAAAGCCAGGGGUCAGAAACAUAUAAACAGAUCGAUGGCCUUAUGGGGUCAACCUUAAUAGAAGAGUGUUUCUCGGUUCCUGGUUCCUGAUUUCCCGCCAAGUUCCUCCCCUCCCGGUCCUUGCAGGAUACACCGUCUCAUAGAGCGAUUGCUUCAGAAUGCAUGUGCGCCUCUCGGCUCUUUGUUUCCUCCUAGCUGGUAUCACUCGUGCGCAGACCGGUGUUACCAAUCCGAUUUCGGAAGAUUGCGGCCCCUCGGUGGUAUGCAUCAAUAAAUAUGCCAAUGUGCUCCCAUACCACUUCUUCCGCAAACUAUCUACUGCCGAUGUUCCUUCGACUUUUGGCGACAUCACCUACGGCAAUGGUACUCGGUUAGAUGACGUCAAAUCAGCCGAUUUCCUUGUUUUCGACAAAGAACGCGGUCUCGAGGUCCUGGGCUCUAAGCCCAGCUAUAAGUUCAUGUUCAGAGUCCCUGAGGUCGUUCACGAAGCGCCUGUCUAUGUAGCCUCGCAGAAUAAGCUUUACCUGUCCCAGUUGACGCCGGGAUAUCUCCCUCAGCUGGUCGUCAAUUUGAAUCAGGAUCCGCCAAAGCUGUCCGAAUAUCUCUCGAACCCGCCUGUCUACGCUCCCAAUGGUGGUACGUUCCACAACGGCAAGAUCGUCUGGGGUGCGUCUGGCGGAAACAGGUCCGUCAGGGGCAGUGAGCAACGACUGGGGUUGAGAACAGUGGACCCAAAGACGAACCAAUCGGCAACCCUGGUCAACAACUACUUUGGAUACUAUUUCAACACGAUUGACGAUGUUGCUGUGCAUCCGAAAACGGGGGACAUCUGGUUCACCGACCCAGACUAUUCAUGGUGGAAUUCUCUCACCGAUACCGCUCCUCAACUUCCAACCGCCAGCUACCGGUAUAAUGCGACCUCUGGCGCUGUGUUCGUGGUGGAUGACAGCAUUACCCAGCCUAAUGGUAUUGCGUUCAAUCCGGAGGGGACGCUUGUGUACAUCAGUGACACUGGCGCUGGAAGAAACACGGUGGACCCGAAAUUCGGCCAACACAAGAACACCUUCAACUCAUCAGUGGGACACAGAACCAUCUACGCAUUUGACCUGAGCGAGGAUGGCACUCGCGCUACAAACAAGCGACCUGUCUAUUUGUCUCCUGAAUAUGUGCCCGACGGUCUCAAGGUGGCUGCAAAUGGGUACAUACUUACAGGAAAUGGGAGAGGUGUAGAUGUCCUUGACUCCUUUGGCCAGCUUCUCCUGACGGUUCAGACCAACUACACCGUUCAGAACUUUGCUUGGACCGGUCCUGAGCUCAAGACUCUCUGGUUGAUGGGCGCUGGUGGAAUAAGCAGGGUUGAAUGGGAUCUGGCAGGCCAAGAAUUGAGGUGAUCUCAAUUUUAAUGGCAUUGAUGCCGACAAUAGUGUUGUAAAUAUGUUUGGAUGAUGAUCUAUGUCUGAAAUGUCCGCUGGGACCACGCCC